AUGUUUCUUCAAUAAACACUUGAUUAGCCAUAUAGUUAAAUUGGGACUCCAUUAAGUAGAAGGAAUGCAUCUCCUUGUGAUAUGAUUCGACUUAACAGUCCAUUUACUACAUAUAACAUACAUUAGAAAGAUUAAUUUAAGGGUCGUCAAAAUAUAUAGAGUAAUACUUAGCAAUUGCAUAAUAAAACUAUUAAGUUGACUUUACCAUCUAAAAUCAAAUCUAAAUAAAAAAGAUUUUUGAGAUAAGAUGAUCCAUUAAUUACUUAUAGUCCAAUAAAUUAAUUACGAAAACCACCUACAAAUUUGUUUAUUAAAUAUUUAGAUGGAGAAAUCAGUACUUAAGAUUUAGUUUCUUAAUCUGCAUCAGACAAUAGAUUACCUAAUCGUAAAGACAAGUUUAAGAAUCAAGAAAAUAAAUUGAAAAAAAUUAAAAAUGCUAAACUUAAUAUCUUACAAAGGUUUCUAUAAGAUAAAAUCAAAAAAAAUAAUUCUAAAGGUACAAUCGAUAUUGAUUUUAAUUUAUCCAAAACUAAUAUAGAUCUUAAUCAAACUAAUGAAUUAAGUAUCAAAUCUUCUAACUCCAUCAAAAAACUUAAAUAGUUGUAAAUAUUAUUUUUUCCUAAAGUUGAAUUACAAAAAUCAGAAGAACCAGUAUUCAAUUAUAAAUAAGUUUUUAAUUUGGAAUCUGAUUAACUUCUUUAAGAUAUUACAGAUGAAAGAACUAGAGUCAAUUAAGAAACAUUUCAUUAAGUUGGGAAAGAAUUAAUUAUUAAACUUUAGUCUCGAAAAAAUUAACACUAACCCUAAUAUAUACCUAUGGAAAAAGAAGUCUUAAUCUCUAAAGAUGUUUAAUUGUAUAAAUAUUUACAUGAUCCUUAAAAAAAAAUUUAAAUCUCUAAUUCUAAAAAGACUGAAAAUGAAAAAGUUGUCUUAGUCCGUUACAAAGGAACACAAAGAAAAAUUGCAACUAAAAAUUGUUUAAAAAAUCAAAAAACUCCAUAUGAUAAUCCAUAUUAAAUUGAUGAACCUUAUUCUUAAGAAUCUUCAUUAGAAUCUGAUCAACAAUCCUACAACCUUUCAUAUUUGAGAAUAUAAGAUUCAAAAUUUUAUGAUUAAUCCAAUAUAAAUUCAUUAACUCCUUAAAGAAGAGAAAAUCUAACCUAAAGAUAGUUUAACUAUUUAUAACCUAUUAAUAAAACUUAAAAUCAAAUCAAGUUUUAAAAAUAAUUCUAAAAUCCUAGUGAAAUUAAAGAUUUACUAAAAUAAUAGUGA